GUGACGUCAACUCUCAUUCCGCAGAGUGAAACAAACAUGGCGACAGAAUGCAGUUGGAAAGGGUACACGCUAACUUUAAUGCUGUUCUUUUGGAGUAGAGUCUGUGCGAAUAGAGCGGAAUCCUGGGGGAGCGACAGCCGGAUCCUCGGCAUGCGGUUGGAGAGGAGCGUCAAGCCUGCCACGACCACCGAUGAUGGGAUCAUACAGGUAUCCGAGGACAGCGACAUCCAGCUCAGGUUCUACGGACUGCAGAUCAGCAAUGACACCUGGGAGCAGAUUAAGUUCGUGGAUCAGAGCGAGGGCAGAAGCUCUGACAUCAACACUACUUGUGUUGACUUCACCAAAGACAUCUCCAUCAGUAAAAGUAUGAAUGUCAACAGCCAGGGCACCUCUGGGGUGCUGGGGGUCCAAAUUAAAGCACUUAGGAAAAGUGAGUCCCAGAGGGAAUAUGCGCUGUGCAUCAGACACAGCCAAGAUGGGAAGUGGUACCUGCUGGAAGAAGAUGAUGGAAGGUUGCGUGUGGUGGAGAUGAAGAAGUCGCUGCUUCCCAUUUGGUUCCAGAUAAUCUUGAUAGCCUGCCUCCUGGUGCUCUCAGGGAUGUUCAGUGGUCUAAACCUGGGGCUCAUGGCUUUGGACCCCAUGGAGCUGCGGAUUGUGCAGAGUUGUGGCACUGAUAAAGAGAAGAAGUACGCUCGCAAGAUCGAGCCCAUACGGAGGAAAGGAAACUACCUGCUGUGCUCUCUUCUCCUCGGGAACGUGCUGGUCAACACCACGCUGACCAUCCUGCUCGAUGAUCUCAUCGGCUCAGGUCUGGGGGCUGUGGUGGCGUCAACCAUCGGUAUAGUCAUCUUCGGCGAGAUCGUUCCUCAGGCGCUCUGCUCUCGCCACGGCUUGGCGGUGGGUGCCAACACCAUCCACAUCACCAAGUUCUUCAUGCUUCUGACCUUUCCACUGUCCUUCCCCAUCAGCAAACUCCUGGAUUGCGUGCUAGGCCAGGAGAUCGGCACCGUGUACAACCGAGAGAAGCUGGUGGGGAUGCUUAAGGUGACCGAACCGUACAAUGACCUGGUGAAAGAGGAGAUGAACAUGAUCCAGGGAGCUCUGGAGUUGAGGACUAAGACAGUGGAGGACAUCAUGACUCCUCUCAGCCACUGCUUCAUGAUCAACAGCGACACUGUCCUGGACUUCAACACCAUGUCGGAGAUCAUGGAGAGCGGAUACACACGCAUUCCCGUUUAUGAGGAUGAACGGACCAAUAUCGUGGACAUCCUAUUUGUGAAAGACCUGGCGUUUGUGGAUCCAGAUGACUGCACUACGUUGAAGACCAUUACUAAGUUCUACAACCAUCCGGUCCAUUUUGUGUUUCACGACACCAAGUUGGAUUCCAUGUUGGAGGAGUUUAAAAAAGGUAAAUCACACUUGGCGAUUGUUCAGAAAGUGAAUAAUGAGGGGGAGGGAGAUCCUUUCUAUGAGGUGCUGGGAUUGGUCACCCUGGAAGAUGUCAUCGAGGAGAUCAUCAAAUCAGAAAUCCUGGACGAGUCUGACCUCUACACUGAUAACCGCAACAGAAAGAAAGUGGCACACAAUAAGAACAAGCGAGACUUCUCUGCCUUCAAACAUGAGAGUGAGUCUAAAGUCAAGAUCUCUCCUCAGCUGCUACUGGCCGCUCACCGCUUCCUAGCAACAGAGGUUAAUUUGUUCAGUCCAUCUCUGAUAUCAGAGAAAAUCCUUCUGCGUAUCCUUAAACACCCUGAUGUGAUCCAGGAGAUCAAGUUCAACGAGAACGAAAAGAAAUCGCCGCAUCACUACCUUUACCUGCGCGGCAAACCCGUGGACUACUUCAUCCUCAUACUGCAGGGCCGUGUGGAGGUGGAGGCUGGGAAUGAAAACAUGAAGUUUGAGACUGGACCUUUCUCUUUCUAUGGAGUCAUGGCUCUCAGCGCUCCAACACUAGUGAGUGUGUCUCGUCCUCGUCACCUGUCUCUUAAGAGAUGCUCUCUCUUCUCUCGUUUCCCAGAAUUCCGCUCGCCCUCUCACAUCAGCGGACUCAACCGAUCUGCGUCUCUAAACUACUCGGAUCACCCUGAACCUCAGUCUGUUGGUGGCAGCAACACGCAGCUCAGCAGCGCUCCAUUGCCACAGUACACACCAGACUUCAAUGUCCGAGCUCUGGCAGACCUACAGUUUGUGAAGAUCACACGCUCUCAGUAUCAAAACGGUCUGAUGGCGUCUCGGCUGGACAGCUCGCCCCAGUCUCCAGACAGCGGACACGGCCGUGUGAAUAACAGCACAUCAUCCAUUCCCGAUCCCUCGUCGGAAAACAUGCUCUCGCUCACGGAUGCCCCCGAUGAGACGACCUCGCUCCUCAUUGAACAGAACAGCCAACCCACGUGCCAGGCCAACCACAGCACACACAACGAGAGUGCCAUUUGACACACUCACACACAAUUCACCGAUAUCCCACACACCCAUUGGACAUUUAGCACUUUUUCCCAGACCCGUUUUAGCGCUAGCCAUUACAGUAUACCAGUGUGGGUCUACGAAGAGCAAUAGUUUGCCGAGACAUCUAAAGAAGACUUUGUGUAACCCAUUGUGCAAGACGAAGGCACAGAGAAGCCAAAGUGUAUCUGGACUGAGAAAGGACCCCUGUUUCAGACAGACUCUCUGGGGUGUUUUAUAGACUGUGCGAAAAGAGCCGUUUCUAUAUACAUGAAGAUGUUUAUUUUGUCAUUUUUCUAUUGAGGUUGCUCACAGAAACGCGAAUGAGGGAAACUGUGGAUCCCUUUUUAUUUGGUGUUAGUCCAUAGCUCUGUCAUAUUUGUACCAAAUUCUAUAUGUGUGUGAGAGUGAAAAUGAAAGUGAGUUUGUGAUAGAGAUAUACGUGCCAGUGUAUGUUUGUAUAUACGACAACGCAUGAGUCCGAUUUGGCCGUUGCAGCCCACGUAAGCAACAACUCAGGGAGACGCUGAGCUUCACAUACUAAUUGCAUGUUCGAUAAUUCCCUAUUGAUUUACGUGAACCCAUGCGACAAGUGAUCAAAAAAAGUGAAGCAUGCUGUCGUCAAAUGCACCAAACAGUGAAAUACUAAGAUACACUGCAUCUCAUACACAUGGCAUCCACAUGUCAUUUCUAUGUCCGAUAUUUCUGCUGGUUGUCUGUGGAGGUUUGUUAAUGUGAUGCAGUGUUUGUGUAUGUGUAAAAUUGUCCUUUUGAAAAUAAUGCAUUGACUUUUUUUUUUUUUACUCCAAAGAGAACAAGCAUUUGUCGUUGUAGUACAACUGUAAUUGGAGUCACUUUUCUGCACAAGACGUUUCUGUGUGAUUCGAGCUCUCGAACUGUAUCUGUUGCUCCCAUUGGACCAGAGGUAAUCUAACCAAAAGAAUUUUACUCUUUGCUGUAUUUAUUUAGAAUUCAGUUGAGGUUGUAUAUUUUUUAAAUGAUUUUUUCUUUUUUAUUAUUAUUAUUUUUGUGUGUGAUUUCUUAAAAUUGCUGUGCGUUUUAUAUGCUGGUUGACAUGGUACAGACUACAAAUUGUAGAUGCCUAAAACUAGGAGAUGGCAGGUUCAGGAAGUGACUUCAUAAAAUGUACUGUUUCUUUGCCUUUUUUGCCUCUGUGCAAGUCUUUUGCUUUCAUACCAAAUAUGUUUGAAACUGAUGAGAACAUGGAAGAUAUCUUGCUUGGACACAUGGACACAAAAGCCUCUUCAAUUAUGUAGCAUCUCUCGAUUAUGAUAAAAAGGGGUGCAAGAACUGCACUGUGUAUUUCUAUUUUUGGCUGUUGACAGCUGCUCAGUUUUUUUUCUUCUUUUUUUUUAAAUUUUUUUUAAGAAAACACUCCCUGUUCGUUCAAACUGUUAAUCAAGUUAUUUCCUGUCCUUCUCAAAUUAGUAAUGAAAUACAUUGCGAGUUAACACAGAUUAUUUUUGUUUCUUUAAUGGAAACUGAAGGUGUAACAACUUAUUGAUUCUUUUUAUACUGUAUUUUUCCAAGUUAUUUUGUGGUUUGGGAAAGGUCUUCUUUUAGAUGAUCUGAGUUUGGCUAUUAAAUUAUUUAUUUAAUCAGUGUAA